CAAAACCGCGGACCCAACCGCCUUGACAUCUAAACGCACAACCUAGCGUUCAUUUGUCCAAUGCGCACGCGCGUCACUAGAUACAGCAAGUGUGCGUGGUGACAGCUGCCCCGAUGAUAUCGAUGAACGUUCCUAGCGGCAACAGCAACCCGCACAGCAAACACGGCAAGAAGCAUAAAAAGAAAACUAAGAAACACCGCAAAGGACCGAGCGGAGACGUCUCCAAUUUGGAAAUUAGGCCCGAGAAUCCCAGCUCUGCCGACCUGUGUCACAUCCUCACAGUCCAUAGGUCCGCCUCUCCGCCGAAAUCUCCCCCGAAAUCUCCGCCCGAAUCUCCCCCCGAAUCUCCGCCUGCUCCCCCGCUCCACCUCUCUCAGAGCCCUCCGAAUCUCCAGCACCCUGGCCCCCCGACCCCGUCCAUACCCAUACCCCAGCCCCAUCCCGCCAUUGCUGCCCCUUGCCAUCCACCAUCCUCUGGAACACCACCCAAUUCUGUUGCCCCACCGUUGGUUACACCACCCACGCAGUUAAGCACACCACCCACUGCUAUUGCCUCUCCAUUGGUUACACCGCCCAGUUCUGUUGCCCCUCCAUCGGUUACACCACCCACACAGUUCAGUGCACUGCCCAGUUCUGUUGCCCCUCCAUUGGUUACACCACCCAGUUCUGUUACCCCUCCAUUGGUUACACCACCCAGUUCUGUUGCCCCUCCAUUGGUUACACCACCCGCGCAGUUCAGUUCACCGCCCGCUGCGCUCGUCCUACCAUCCCAGACACCCCCCUCGCAGCCCCUCAGCCCGCCCCCUCCCGACUUCACCCCGCCCCCACCCGAACUCCUCGGAUCGGAUGAUGAAGAGCAGGAAGACCCGUCCGAUUAUUGCAGAGGCGGGUACUACCCAGUGAAGAUCGGGGACCUGUUUAACGGCCGGUACCAUGUGGUGCGGAAGCUGGGGUGGGGCCACUUCUCCACGGUGUGGCUGUGCUGGGACUUGCAGAGGAAGAGGUUUGUGGCUCUGAAGGUGGUGAAGAGCGCUCAGCACUACACUGAAACAGCUCUGGAUGAGAUCAAGCUGCUCAGAUGUGUUCGAGACAGUGAUCCCAAUGACCCUCAUCGAGAAACCAUCGUGCAGCUCAUCGACGACUUCAAGAUAUCAGGGGUCAAUGGAGUGCACGUGUGCAUGGUGCUGGAGGUGCUCGGCCACCAGCUGCUCAAGUGGAUCAUCAAGUCCAACUACAUGGGCCUGCCCCUGAUCUGCGUGAAGACCAUCAUCCGGCAGGUCCUGCAGGGCUUGGACUACCUGCACACCAAGUGCAAGAUCAUCCACACGGACAUCAAGCCGGAGAACAUCCUGCUGGACGUGACCGAGGUGUACGUCAGACGGCUGGCUGCCGAGGCGACCGUCUGGCAGCAGGCGGGAGCUCCGCCCCCUUCCGGGUCCUCCGGCAACACCGCCCCAAAGGAGAAGCAGACAGGAAAAGUGUCCAAGAACAAGAAGAAGAAGCUGAAGAGGAAGGAGAAGAGGCAGCAGACGCUGCUGCAGGAGAGGCUGCUGGACCUGCAGAAGAUGGAGGGUGUGGACGGGACGCCCGCCCCCGAUCUCAUCAGCCCCCUCUGCUCCUCGUCCGCCCCCUCAGGGCCCGCACGCCCCACCCGGAGGCAGAGCCUGCUGCUGGACGAGGGGGGGGACCUCAGCAGGCACACGCACUCGUCCCCCGGGCACUCGGUUGUCAACGGUAACGGCCAUCCCAACGGCUCGGCCUCAGCCCUGGGCCCGGCCAGCCCGGAGUCGGGCUCGUCCUGGAUGGAGGAGGGCUGUAACGGGCUGCUGCGCUUCUCCAGCCCCGGCUCGGGUCUGUCGGGUCUCUCGGGCCUGUCCGGGUCCCUGAUAUCACACACCUCCGAGUCCACGCUGUCCACGCUGUCGGGGUACUCCACCGGGCGGGGCAGCUCGCUGCUCUCCCCACACAUGUUUGGCGCGGCGGAUUUCCUGGUGAACCCCCUGGAACCCCAGAACGCUGAUAAGAUCCGCGUGAAGAUCGCGGACCUGGGCAAUGCCUGCUGGGUGCACAAGCACUUUACGGAGGACAUCCAGACUCGGCAGUACCGGGCCCUGGAGGUCCUGAUCGGGGCGGAGUACGGCCCCCCCGCGGACAUCUGGAGCACGGCCUGCAUGGCGUUCGAGCUGGCCACCGGGGACUAUCUGUUCGAGCCGCAUUCAGGGGAGGACUACACUCGAGAUGAAGAUCACAUCGCCCACAUAAUCGAGCUGCUGGGGGCCGUCCCCCCCCACUUCGCACUUUCCGGGAGGUACUCCCGCGAGUACUUCAAUCGUAGAGGCGAGCUGAGGCACAUCUCCAACCUGAAGCCGUGGGGCCUGUUCGAGGUGCUGCUGGAGAAGUACGAGUGGCCGCUGGACCAGGCGGCCCAGUUCAGCGACUUCCUGCUCACCAUGCUGGAGCACGUCCCGGCCAAGAGGGCCACCGCCGCCCAGUGCCUCCAGCACCCCUGGCUCAGCUCGUAACCGCGCGGCGACGGUUGCUACGGUUACGCGCGGUUCGGCGGGCACCCUGUCCCGUCUGAACCGCCAGGUCAGUCCAGAGGGAUGAGACUCCACUUACCUGCUGUUACGAAGGCCGGCAUUUUCGAUCUCUGUUUGAGUCGGGGGUUAAUAGGGAAGUGGCGGUUUUAAAAUUCUUCGUUGAGCUCUUACCUCAAUCGAUGGGACUUUUAUUUAAACGAAACAAAAAAAAAAAACUGAAAUAGCUUUACAUUUUAUGUAAGUUGGUAGCAAUUUGGAAAUUUUUGAGUUUUCCAAUGAAAUGUUAUCUGUCACCUUGUUGUUGUUGUUGUGUCCCUUGUCACAUAUUUAAAAAAAAAAUAGUGCCUUGUGUGUGUCAAAAGAAAAAAAAAGAAAAAAAGAUUUACUGUGAGAGAAAACAAAAAGCUGUCUUCACCGUUUUUUUAUACGUCGCAAGUUUGUCAGAGGAAUGUUUGUUUUUUUUGAACAUGCAAUGUAUGAAAGUCCACUAAAUGAAUUAACAACUUAUCCCGUGUUCUUAUGAAUAAAUUUUUUGAAACCUGA